AUGGCAGUCGCAGCAAGGCGUACUCUGCUCCUGUGUCUCAACGACAUCAGAGCCCUGAAUGGGUCCAAGACAGCAGCAUAUGCCUGUAAAACGGUGUCUCGCAAACCCCUUGUCUUUAGCCAAUCACGGGUCGGACCAAGGAUCAUCUCGAGUCGGCAAGAUAUUCGACAUUUUACAUCUUCCAGGACAAGGAACCUUCAAGCAGCAUCUUCAUCGCAAUCAGUAAGUAGCGAUGACCAACCUGUUAUCGAUCGAACGAGGUCGAAGCUAUUUAAGGACGCCGACGAGGCUGUGGCAGACAUCAAGUCCGGCUCGGUGAUAUUUAGUGCUGGGUUCGGCCUCUGUGGGACGGCAGAAACCAUCAUAACAGCAAUGCACAAGCGCGGCGUCGAGUCACUAAACAAUCUCACGGCUGUGUCUAAUAACGCCGGUGCAGCAGGCGCCGGUGGUCUUUCACCCCUGACGCAAUCGGGUCAAAUCACGCGUUGUAUUCUCUCCUAUUUGGGGAAUAACAAGAAGCUCGAGCAGAAAUAUCUCAGCGGCAACAUUGCCAUCGAGCUAUGUCCUCAAGGGACACUUGCGGAGCGGAUGCGUGCUGGGGCAAGUGGUAUUCCGGCAUUUUACACGCCAACCGGUGUCCACACCUUCAUCCAAACCGGCGAAAUCCCCACAAGAUUAGGACCCGCUGACCCAGAGACGAAGAAACCGAGCGUGCUGGAAGCGGGAAAGCCACGCGAGACAAGGAUCUUCAACGGUAGAACCUAUGUUAUGGAGACUGCGUUGACCGGCGAUGUUGCCAUCAUCCGCGCAUGGAAAGUUGACGAGGCUGGAAAUUGUCAAUUCAGAUACACGACCAAGGCCUUUGGCGUCAUCAUGGCCAAGGCUGCCAGAUUGACAAUUGUCGAAGCCGAGAAUAUUGUGCCUCUAGGCUCCUUGGACCCCAACGACAUCCACGUCCCUGGUAUCUACGUGGACCGCAUCGUGCCCGCUACCGUGGAGAAGAAAAUCGAAAACAAAAGGACUCGUCCUGCUGGCGACGGGGCAGGUAAUUCCUCCGACUCAUCUGUGACGAGCGACAAGUCAGAAGCCCUGGCUCGGCGAAACCGCAUCGCCCGCCGUGCUGCAAAGGAACUCAAGCACGGCAUGUACGUCAACUUGGGUGUGGGAAUGCCUACGUUAGCACCUUCAUUCCUCCCGCGCGAUGUCAAAGUAUGGAUCCAGUCCGAGAACGGCAUCCUGGGGAUGGGACCUUACCCAACCGAGGACGAAGUCGACCCGGACAUCAUCAACGCAGGCAAAGAAACAGUCACCCUCGUCCCCGGAGCGUCGACGUUUGACAGUUGCGAGAGCUUCGGCAUGAUCCGCGGCGGCCACGUCGACGUCUCGAUACUGGGCGCCCUGCAGGUCUCAGCGGCGGGCGACCUGGCCAACUACAUGAUCCCGGGCAAAGUGUUCAAAGGCAUGGGCGGCGCCAUGGACCUCGUCUCGAACCCCAACCAGACCAAGAUCGUCGUCGCCACCGACCACCUGGACAAGUACGGCAAAUCCAAGAUCGUCGAGAACUGCGCCUUGCCCCUCACCGGAGCCAGGGUCGUCAGCACCAUCAUCACCGACCUCUGCGUCUUCCAGGUCGACCGCGUCAAGGGCACCUUGACCCUCACGGAGCUGGCUCCUGGUGUCUCGGUGGAGGAUGUCAAGGCCAAGACGGACGCACGGUUUGCCGUCGCGGACGAGGUCAAGUCGAUGGAAUGA